UUAAGUCAGACUUGAUCUAAAAGUCUGUUAUUUCUCUUUUCUAAGCUGUCGCGCCGAGUGCCUUGUUGAUUCAUUUCUAAAGAGAUCAAUUUUUUCGAUGAAGUCUUCGAACGCUAAAGUAGCAGUCUUGGCCGCCGUCUUUGCCCUUCUUGUUCUUGCUGUGUAUGGUGACGAUGCCAAGCAAUGCCCUCACUCUGCAUGUGGCCCGCUAAAAGCCUGCGAACUGCAAGAAAAACUGAUAUACCAUCAGACUAUGACGCCUGCUUGGCUAGAGGGCUUUGCCUCAUACAUUGACAGUUCGCAUUCUACAACAGCAGAUCUUAUCACCUUCAACGCAGGUAAAACGUCGAAUGCAGCACUUCUAAAGAUUCCAUUGCUUGCUUCUGACGUCUUGAAAGACUGCGUAUCGCUGACCGUUGAAAUAACCGUUGCCAAUGACGUCAGAAUUGGUGGACGAGGUUACGACAGCGAUAUAAGAUAUGGUUUGUCGGAUGGAACCAAUUUUAUUGGAUUCGAAGCGCCAGACAGAAGGACGUACGCGAGUCAGUCUCCUUGUUACGGAAUUGAAGGGACAUCUGGGAAUGCACUGACGGAAAUAAAAUACAAAAACACAAAAUUCCCUAAGGUCAACAAGUACUCGUACUACCCCGGUCGAUUCUUGUUCACAUUCAAGUUGGAUCAGCGAUGGGGUUCGUGUUACACUGCGCAGGACCAUGGCUUUGAGAAGACCGCUGGCUACAUUAACCGACUCAAAGUCAGCAAGGGGCUCACUCUGGAGGUUUAUAAGACCGAUAAAAAUGAGAGGGUUGGGAUCAAGUUUCUCAAGGUGGCCAUUACACAGGACUCGUCGUGUGUUCAGUAAUGAAAAAGUCGCCCAAAAGAUUUCAAGGCUCGCCACAGUGGUGGUAUAUAAAUGAUAGAUCAUGAAUAAGAAAUUAUAAAAGAGGUAACCACUUGAGUCUUGCGGUGAAGAAGUCAAUUUCGUGUUCGUGUUUACCCAAAGAAGCCUAAGUAUUAAAUACCAAAUCAGUGACACCGGUGUACUUGUACAAAAAUUUUCUAUAACAAGAAUAAUAAACGUGUUCUUCGUUAUUCAAGAAAUUAAAAGAUUAUUUUUGGCAUCAAAGAGUCCGCCAAAAUGACCUUCAAUUUCUAAUCUGAUCAAAAUCUUGUAAUAUCAAAAUGUGACGAAAUGGGACCGCAUAGUGUAGUUGUGAGGUUUUUGAGAGCUUUUCCCGUCUUAUUUUCCCCUAACUAACAAAAAUGAUUAACACCUGAGAAUUAAAGAAAACAAAUGGCCUGACCAUGAGAUUCGUUACAUCUUGUUACCACGGCAACCUUGUUCAAUCUAUGAGGAUACAUUAACAAAUCCAACUAGGGACAUUCGGUUAAAAGAUCGUUGUUCGUUCACAUUCAGAUA